GCCAAAACUUAUAAUGCUAUUUUAAUAUGAAUUUUAGGGUCAUUUUUUAAGAUUUGGGUUAGACUCAAUCUCCCAAAUCGAACAGAAAGUAGCUUUCCAUAUAAAUAGUCUUAGUUGCUUUUGCCUCCAAAAAUCACUCUUUAUAGUUCCACAAUUAUUUUCUUCGUCUUUUCCUCAUUCACACUCCAAUUAAUUAUUUUCUCCGUCUUUGUCUUUCCAAUGGGAAAAAUAUUAUUUUAGCUUUGAAUAAAAGGAAACUCUGCAUUUCCUACUUUCAUCAUUAAUCCUUCCCAUUUGCCUAUCAUAUCCACACACACACUAUAUAUACAUGUAUAUGGAUUUCAUAGUUCAAUAUUCUAAAAAAUUACUACUGUCAAAAUCAAGCCAAAAAAUGCCAAAAUCUCCCCAUUUUCUCAUCCUUGCACUACUCUUACCAAUCCAUUAUUUGAUGGAUUAUAGCUCAGCCAAAACCGAUAUCAACACCGAUCGUUCUACCCUUCUCGCCUUAAAAUCCCAAAUCACAUUAGAUCCUCAAAAUAUAUUGACCCAAAAUUGGAGCACCGAAGCCAGUGUUUGCAGUUGGAUCGGAGUUACUUGUGAUUCACGUUACAAUAGGGUUACUCAGUUGAAUAUAUCGUCCAUGGGUCUUGUGGGAACCCUCCCACCAGAAAUUGGGAAUCUUUCUUCUCUCGUUUCUUUAGACGUGAACGAGAACUCCUUUCAUGGCCCCAUUCCCCCAUCUAUCUUCAACAUGUCAUUUCUAGAAGUUUUGGAACUAAGGAAUAAUAGUUUGUCUAGUAGUUUACCUCUUGAUAUGUGCACACACAAUCUGCAUAGACUCAAGAGGCUUCGUUUGUCUUACAACGAGUUGUAUGGGGAAAUACCAUCGAGUUUGGGGCAAUGUUCACAGCUUGAGUAUCUUUCUUUGUACAAUAACAAUUUCACUGGAUUUGUGCCGACAGAAAUUGGGAACUUGACGAAGCUUCAAGAGUUGUACCUUGGUGAAAAUCAGUUGACUGGAGUUAUUCCACAACAGAUACAUCACCUUGAUAAUUUAGGAGUGUUGGACUUAAGUUUGAACAAGUUGUCAGGCACUUUGCCACCAACCAUUUUCAACAUGUCUUCCUUGACAAUGAUUGACUUAUCAAGUAACACACUUAGCGGGGCAUUGCCACCAAUCGAAUCGCGUAUUUUAUUUAUUAUUGUUAUGAUCGUUAUACUUAACAAUAUGGAACUUGACUUUGAUGAUUUAUUAUCACCUAGCCACAAGUUUAGCUCCUCAAGCUAGCUUGCGAGUUAAUUCUUUUUCUCUUAUUUCAUUUGAUCUUCUUUAAUUAAGUGGUAUGUUGUCUUGAAGUUGGUAGGGGUCAUACAUUGUCUUGUGGGAUUA